UAUCUAUUUCGGUGUGAAAUAUUUAAGGUCGCUGGCCAUAUUCACAUUUAGAAAGCUAACAGUUGGUUAGCUAGUUUGCUAGCAGUAGUCUAGAUCUAUAUCAGGUCGAGAGAAUUUGUUUUCUCGGUCGCGAGAUCGGUUUCUCGGUCGGUUGCUUUGCUAUGAUCAUAAUAGACUAGUAGCGAUACAGAUCCAGCUAUCGUAACGUUGACAUUCGUGGCCUUGACCACUGACAUAUUAGCUAGCUUGGUUGUCACGUAGCAGGCUAGCCAGUCCCGUCAACCAUCGUCAAAGCAACUGCAUCGUGCUGUAGACAAGAGUGUGUCUGGGUCGCUUGAGGAAACGUGCCCCGCCGGAUCGAAUGCAUAUCCCCUUUUCAUACUUACUUCUCGAUCAGUGAGUUGCUAUUUAGCGUUGGAAGCAGGGUAGUUACUGAACAGUCCUUCACGGCUAAGCUACGUUAUGUUAGCUAGACAGGACGUUAAUAUUUAUGCGCUGUCACUGUAGGCGCUUAUCGAUUCGUUUUCACUUAGCCACGCAAACAAACACACUGACCACCAGCUAACUAGAUACAUGUCUAGCUAAGCUAUUUGGACACUAGCUACCUAAGUUAGCCUGCCAACAAGCUAGCUGGGUCCCAUUAUCAUCGCAAUCCUAUGACGUGACCAGUAAAGCAGACUGGUAGCUAGCUAGCCUAGUUUGUUGAUUUCAAUUUAGAAAUGUACGAACCAGCUACCUAGCAAGCGGUUUAAAAACAUUUGCGAUUCAAUAUGCUAUCGAUAACAAUUCCACUCACUUAUCACGGGAUGGGCUUCUUCUUUUUAUUACUGACAGAGGAAAACUGUUUGCCUUUUAAGCUCACUCUCGAAUGGCAAAGACAACAGAAAAAACGCAAUGGCCUCUGAACCAUUUUCUUUGCUCGCAUCACAUAAAAAUAUCAGGAAGGCAGGAGCAGGAUUCGAGAGAUGACGACUGGAAUCCAUAUUUUCACGGAAAUCAACUUAAAGCGUCAAAAAUGGCGUCUCUACUAGAAGAUAAAUUAUUUGAAGUUAGCGGGCAAGGUGCUGCUCCCAAUAAAGACUUUUAUCAAUUUGUGAUUACAAAAACUGAGGUGAUCUGGAGGUUCUGGAAAAUUUCUGUGCGCAGUGAAUUUCGGAAAACGCGGCCAGGGGAACUGAAGCAACCCCAUGAGUACUAUUUGCAUGACAGCCAGCUUCAGCACCAGGUGAAGGUGGUGUUUGGCGAAAACGUCCUGCUGUACACCCAGGGCCUGUGCAGCGGGAAUUUCGACUAUCUGGCGCGCCUCUCUGACCGCCUGCUCCUCCGCGUCCUCUCCUUCCUGGAGCUGGAGGACGUGCAGCAGCUCAGGUGCACCUCCCGCAAGUUCCAAAAGCUGUGUGACUCGGAGCAGUUCUGGGAGCAGGCUGUUAGAUCACGCUGUGACACGGUCACGCUGGAGAUGGGCUCUCUGGCCAGGGAGUUGGGCUGGAAGAAGGUGUUCUUCACCAACAAGCUGCAGCUGCAGAAACAGAUCAGCCGCCGAAGGCAGAAGCAGGAGAAUGUGGGCACAGGCGCAGAUGUCAUGUGACCGUGUUCCCUCCAAUCGGGGCCUCGAUCAAGGAAGGCCCGUGGGAGAUGAAUUGACAGUGUUCGGUUUGACCCUGAUUUCUUUGUGCCUGAGAUAAGUUAUCAUCCUUUCCGAGUUAAUACUUACAGCCGUUCUUACUAUUUACAUGGGGACUUAAUUUACAAUUAACUGAAAUUGUUUUAAAAAUGUACUCGAUUGUAAUUUCUCAGUUCUGAAGCUCUGAGUGGACGCUUCUAACAUCAAAUUUUUUAAAAGAUUUUCACCAAAUGCCUGUAAAUAUAAUUUUUCAAUUUGUGUGCAAGUCAUAUCUUGGUUUGUGUCACAAAAGCUUUGAAGUUAAAUCAUUUGUUUUCAUUAAAGAAACCUGUUCCUCUUCUAACCUUUUGUGCCACAGAAUGUGAAGUUCUUGCCAUAUCCUUUUGGUGUUUGUGAUUGUCACCCUUGUAUAUCCUGUAAACUUUUUUAUUUGGAUAAUAAAGUUUAUUUUUUAAGUCUU